AUGCCCUCUGAAGCAUUCUCCGUUCUCUUCGUCCUCGCCCUUUUCACCACCUUCCCAGCCAAAGUCAGUUGUGACAAUGUACAGAAGACAACGCUUGCCUUCAUCAUCGACGAAGAAUUACCUAUAGGUGCACGAAUCGGCAGUCUAACAGAAAAACUCGCGGUUGAUUUCAACUUGCCGAUAAAUGGUGGAGUGAAUUUUGUUCCUCUGACCGACGAGCAGUUGAUUAGUAUCAAUCGGACCACUGGCCUGCUUACUGUGAGGCGAAGAAUCGACCGAGAGAAUCUCUGCAAAGAAACUGGCUCCUGUUGCCCUGGUCAAAAUGUGCCUCCACCUUCGACAUUCACAUUCCAUGAUAACCUCCUCUCUCACUUAUCCAGUGUGCAGGACCCAGGCUGUGCUAUCAUAAUGCUAGUUAUGGAUCAGAGACAGCGGAAUUUGCCCUCACACCGAUCUCAGGAACAUCCGCUUAUCCAGGUUAUUGUUUACGUCAACGAUUUAAAUGACAAUCCACCAGGCUGGUCUCUGGAUAAGCUUGAGUUAGAAAUUCCAGAGCAUACCGCGAUUGGUAGGAAAUUUCAGCUUCCAGAGGCCAUAGAUCCCGACCACGGUCCUGACCACACCGUUCAAAGCUACCGCCUUAUUCCCAGCGAGUCGAAUGAUUAUGAUUCCUCGGUUCGCGUUCUCGCAAGCGACGCAUUUGAGCUCUCUAGUGAGCUUUUUGAACGUUCCUCUGGAGCUCCAUUCAAAAUUUCCUUGGGACUAAAAGUAAAAGCAGACCUGGACCGCGAGAAAAAGUCAGUGUACCAAUUCCUGCUCAUCGCCAUUGACGGCGGGUCACCACAAUUGACAGGAAGUCUUAGCGUGGUUGUUCAAAUCACCGACAUUAAUGACCAUACCCCGUACUUCCGCCAACCGAACCCCUCGCUAGAAAUCGCUGAGAACACAUCGGUUGGCACUCAGAUUUAUACGGUCGUGGCAUUGGAUGACGACCCUUCGGAUGCGAACCGCCUGGAAUAUCGAAUGGGUUCAACAGCCUCAGCAGAGGUCCAGCGACUGUUCAGCAUAGACAGUCGAACUGGCUCAGUAGUCGUGACUGGUGACCUGGAUUACGAGUCAGCACCGAUUCUGCCAAGUAAAGAGCCAAAAGAUUCCCUUUUCAGUUCACCAUUGACGUCCUCCAUGGAGUAUGGUUAUGUAAUUCCAAUUGAGGUCUCCGAUCAGGCUCACAUCGCCGAAACAAAGCUGCGAAUUCGAGUCCUUAAUGUCAACGACAACCCACCCACAAUUUCCAUUCAAUCACCCUUGCAACCAUCCCUGUCAAAAGGCGAGUUUUAUCUCCUGGAAGACGCACCAGUGGGGACGUUAGUGGCGACUAUAACCAUGACCGAUGCAGACGAACGAGGUGCGCAAGACGGCACAUUCCAAAACCGCGCUUCUUUGCCGUAUUGCUCCACCGCCAACACCUUCUUCUCGGUCCAGCCUUUACAUACAGGAAUGCGGAAUUUUUUCAAAGUGGUUACUUCUAAGCCACUUGACCGCGAAGCUAAAAGCACUCAUAGAAUCGAUAUCUUGUGUCACGACACCGGGCAACCCGUCCUCUCAACCAAGCAACACCUGACCGUGCGUCUAGAAGACGUCAACGACUCCCCACCUGUCUUCGAUAAGAGCCUCUACUAUGCCCGGAUAAUGGAAGGUCUCCCGGUUCACACACCAAUCGUAAAAAUCCACGCAGUCGACGCUGACACGGGCAGCAUGGCUGAGGUGCGCUAUCGUCUUGUCAUCGGUGAUCAGCAAUCAAACCAUGACCAGCUAAUAAUGCUUGACGAGAAAACCGGUCAAAUUAGGAGUGGGGCAGUUUUUGAUCGCGAGGCGAUGGCAUCAAUCAACUUCACUGUGGAAGGCGUUGAUUGUGCUGGAGGAAAUGGCAGUUCGUGCAUGGGCAAAGUCAAUACCGCUACGGCCGAAGUUAUUGUCCUCAUCGAAGACUCGAAUGACUGCACUCCCGAAUUCGAUCAACAGUCCUACGAAUUUUCCAUCGAGGAAGGCCAUGUCUCCAAGCUUCCGGUGCAUUGCUCUGCUUUUAUGAGUGACUCGCGACUAGAUAAGCCUCUCACACGCGACACUGGGUGA